AUGAAAAGGGGUAGAGACGAUAAUGGUACAAAUCCAACUUUACCUCCAUUAUCACCAAGUCCGAUAGCGGGAUCACCACCAUCACCAAAUUCAACAAGAGAAACCAUAGGGGUUAUGGGAAAUAGUAAUAAACUACCAUCUUUUCCGUUCCCAAAUACAUCAUCACCAACAUCACCCCACGAUCGUAAUAUCUCACCACCAACCACACUUCCAUCACCACCUUCAUCAAGCAGUUUAAAUUCUUUAAUUAGUCCAACCAAUUCAAAUACAUUAGAGACCGAUUCCAAAUUUACCACCAAACAACGUUUGCCAAUGAAAAGUAAUGUAGAUGAUAUCCUCGAGGGCGGUGGUAACGAUCGUUAUAGUGGCGGUGGUUUCAAUAGUGGUCAUCAUUCAUUUAGAGGUAAUGAACGUGAAAUGGAUCGUCAAAGAGAUCGUGAACGUGAAAUUGAACGUCAAAGAGAACGUGAAAGAGAACGUGAAAAUUCAAUUUCUCCACAUAAUCAAACUUUACCACCCAUCGGUGGUGUAAAUACAUUGGAUUUUAAUAUUGCCAAACAAGCAUCUCAAAUUCAGCAUGGUAUGAUGGGUUAUCCAUAUAAUAAUAUAUUAAAUCAACACAGUGGCUCACCUACAAAUGUAGCAAGUAUUAAUAAUUUAACAAGCCAACAACAGCAACAACAACAACAGCAACAACAGCAACAACCAUUAAGACCAAGCCCAUCUCACCAAAUGUUUGCUCAACAACAGCAACAACAACCACAACAACAUAUGCAACAUAUGCAACAACAACAACCACAACAACCACCAUCACCAAUUAGACAACAACAACAAAAAGAUAAUGCUUUCUACUUUUUAGAGCAAGUAAAACAACAAUUUGCAAAACAACCAAGAAUAUACAACCAAUUUUUAGAUAUCAUGAAAGAUUUAAAAGCUCAUAACAUUGAUACUCCAGUCGUAAUUUCUCGUGUUAUUGAGUUAUUUAAAGGACAUAAACAUUUAAUCUCAGGUUUUAAUACUUUCUUACCAUCAGAUUAUCGAAUCGAUGUUUCUCAAUUUGAUGAUGAGGGAAGACCAACCGGUUAUUCAAUUCCAUCGCCAACUUUAAAUAUUCAACAGCAACAACAACAACAACAACAGCAACAACAGCAGCAACAGUCAUAUGGUAUAAAGCAACAACCACAAACACAAACUCAAAUGCAACAACCAUCAAUGAAUCAACAAAUUCAACAACAUCUUCAACAACAACAUCUCCAACAAAUGCAAUUACAACAACAACAACAACAGCAACAACAACAACAACAACAACAACAACAGCAACAACAACAACAACAACAACAAGCAGCCCAACAAGCAGCUCAACAACCAAAAAAGCAAUCAGAAUUGGACCAUGCUAGAAAUUAUGUAAAGAAAAUUAAAAAUAGAUUUAUCAAUCAACCAGAUGUAUAUAGGCACUUUUUAGAAAUUUUGCACAACUACCAUAAUGAACCACAAACUAUUAAGGAUGUAUAUGAUCAAGUUGCCGAUCUUUUCAGAAGUCAUACAGAUCUUUUAAGUGAAUUCACUCAAUUCCUUCCAGACGCUGUAAAUAAUAACCAACAACAACAACAAUUAACCAGUGGUGCACCAAUUGUAGUUCCAGGCCAACAAAAUCAACAACAAAUGUUACAACAACAACAGUUACAACAUCAACAAAUGUUACAACAACAACAACUACAACAAGCUGGUCAAAAACCAAGAAAACAUAAUCAAAAUAAAGUACCAAGAAAUAAUUAUCCUCAAAAUUAUUCUCCAGCCGGUACACAACAGGAUUAUCAAAUGCAAUUACAACACCAACAAAUUUUACAACAACAAAUGAUGCAACAGCCACAACAUCAAUCUCAAAUGAAUCUUGAGGGUCAAAUAAGCGCUGCUGUUCACCAAAUGGGUGAAAAAUCUCCACUGCAAUCUGAAAAAGAACGUUUAAUGAAGAUUGAAAAAGAGCGUCAAUUACAACAGUCUAACCAAUCCCAACAAGCACCAGCACAAAUUUUACAACAACAAGUCGCUCAACAACAAUUACAACAACAGCAAUUACAACAACAAGCUGCCCAACAACAAUUACAACAACAACAAUUAUUACAACAACAACAAGUUGCUCAGCUUUUACAAGAUAAAAAUAAGAAACAACAGCGUAAAAAAGGUGAUGAAAAAAUGGGCGAGCUUGGCGCAGGCAAUGUCGGUGAAUUUGGCUCUUAUGAAGAGUUGGACUUUUUCCAUAAAGUUAGAACUGGUGUACCAAAUAAUAGAUUGUAUUUAGAAUUUUUAAAAUGUUUAAAUUUAUUUAGUCAAGAUAUUAUCACACGCACCGAAUUGGUUCUUUUGGUUAAGGAUAUUUUAUUACCAAGACUCCCAGCUCUCUUUGAAUGGUUCAAAACUUUUAUUGGUGUUGACGAUCAAUCACUCGAACAAUUGGAACGUAAUGAACAGUUAUCACCAAGUAAGCAAAACGCUUGGUCAGAAAUUGAUUUCUCUACAUGUAAAAGAUUAGGUCCAAGUUAUCGUGCUCUCCCAAGAAACUAUCCAAUUCAAAAAUGUACUGGUAGAAGUGAAAUGGCAGAGAGUGUUCUAAAUGAUGUUUGGGUAUCCUUCCCAACUGGUAGUGAAGAUUUUGGUUUCAAGAGUCAAAGAAAGAAUCAAUUUGAAGAAAUUUUAUUCAAAUGUGAAGAUGAACGUUUCGAAUUAGAUUUAAUUGUUGAAAUGAAUGCCUCCACCAUCAGAGUAUUGGACCCAAUUUUAAAUUCACUCAUUGAAAUGCCAGACAAUGAACGUCACAACUUUAGAAUGCCAAAUCUUGAUAUUCUUCAUCAUCGUUCAAUCGAAAGACUUUACAGUAGCAAGGGUAUGGAGAUUAUUACUGCUCUUUACAAUAACCCAUGGGUAUCAUUACCAGUUAUUUUGAAAAGAUUAAAACAAAAAGAUCAAGAGUGGAGAAAAGCCAAGCGUGAAUGGAAUAAGGUUUGGAAAGAUACAACCGAAAAGAAUUAUUACCGUUCCCUCGACUAUCAAAGCACCUCAUUCAAACAGUCUGAAAAGAAAACUCUCACACCCAAAGUAUUAUUAGCAGAAAUUCGUCAAAAAUACACCGAAAAGAUUCGUGAACGCGAAGAAAUUAUGGCACGUCGUCGUGGUAAACAAACAACUGUAAAACAACCACCACCAUACCAUCUCUUAUAUUUUUUACCAGACUAUAAAGUUUGCUCAAAUAUUGCAUCAUUAAUUUUAUUUGCUGCUGAAAAAAUUGUACAAAAACAAGAUUUAGAAAAAAUCGAAAACUUUUUAAAUUUCUUCCUAUUAACAUUCUUUUAUUUGAACUAUGAAAAGGAUGAUGAAAAAGAAACAAAUAAUACUUCAACCUCAACUUCAACUUCAACCUCAACCUCAACUUCAACCUCAACCUCCACCACAACCAAAGAAAAAGAAUCAAAUAAUGAUGGUGAAAAUAACCUAAACAAGUCCAAUGGUUCAGAUCUUGAUGUUGAAAUGAAAGAUAAUCUUGAAGGCUUAAAGGAUAUAGGUCAAAUUCAUCAACCAAAAGUUUUCUCAAACAAGAGUAAGAGAAUAUUUUAUGGAAAUAAUACUUUUUAUAUAUUUUUACGUUUGUAUCAAAUUUUAUAUGAAAGAUUACACAAAGCCAAAGAAUUAUCAGAAUCUGCUGCCAAAUCUCAUUGGACCUCCAAACCAAACGUAACAAGAUUCAUUCAAGGAAUUGCACCAAAUUAUAAUAAUCUUGAUGAAAAUAAAGAGGGCGAAACAGCUACUAACACUGCCACUACUUCAAAUGCAUCAUCAUCAUCAUCAUCAAAAAAUAUUAAUUCAAAAUCCGAAGGUGAAUCAGGGUUAAACGAUACAGAAAGAUAUGAACGUUUUAUUGGUUGUUUACAAGAUUUUAUGGAUGGUGAAAUGGAUCAAUCUAAAUACGAAGAUAGUUGUCGUUCAUAUCUUGGUAUUUCAUCAUAUGUUUUAUUCACACUCGACAAAUUAAUCAAUCAAUUAGCAAGACAAUUACAAGCUUUGUUACAAGGAGAAAAUUGUUUAAGAUUAUUAUAUCUCUUUACCCUCGAAGUCAAAUCAUACACAGGUUGGUCAGAUGAACUCUAUCAUUCAAAGGUAUUAGAAGUCUUAAAAGAUGAAAGAGUGUUUUUAUUUGAAUUUGACACUUUAUCAAAACCAACUGCAGGUACAUUCACCAUCGAAUUAAUGGAUCCAACCACUCCAGAAAUGUUAAAAAAGGCUGAAGAAGUUAUUGCUGACAGUGAAAGAAUGAUCCAUUCGGCAGAGGCUGAAAUGGAGAAAGCCAAGCAAUAUGUUGCAGACUAUAAACAAUUAGAUUCAAGCAUUGACCCAAGAACCCACAAAGUCUUCUUAAUGAGAAAUAUUCCAAAGAACUUUAGAGAUAACCAACAAAAUCAACAAAAACUCUUGGAAGAAAUUAUGAAAGAUACCAUUAACGAAACUGGUUUAGAAUGCAGAAUUUGCACUCAAACAUUUAGAUUAUUCUAUGUUGAAGACACUGAGGAUUAUUUUUAUAGAAAAUGCUCAAUUGAAAGAUCAAAGAAAUAUAAAUCAAAGAAAAUUAAUUUAGAAAGAGUACAAGAGCUUGGUAAAAAACAAUUAAAAAAAUAA